AUGCCUCAGAACGAGUAUAUCGAGCGCUGGACGAAGCAGCACGGUAAGCGUCUGGAUCACGAUGAGCGUGUCCGCAAGCGCGAAGCCCGUGAGGCGCACAAGCAGUCCAAGGAUGCACAGAAUCUCCGCGGUCUGAGGGCCAAGCUGUACCAGCAGAAGCGCCAUGCAGAGAAGAUCCAGAUGCGGAAGCGCAUCAAGGCACAAGAGGAGAAGAACGUCAAGUCCUCUGCGCCCAGCGAGCCCUCCAAGACGCCAUUGCCCCAGUAUCUGCUCGACCGUUCGCAGGCUACGAAUGCCAAGGCCUUGUCCAGUGCUAUCAAGGAUAAGCGGGCGGAGAAGGCGGCCAAGUUUGCUGUGCCCUUGCCCAAGGUCAAGGGUAUCAGUGAGGAGGAGAUGUUCAAGGUUGUCAAUACCGGAAAGAAGACUCACAAGAAGUCAUGGAAGCGGAUGAUCACGAAGCCGACGUUUGUUGGAAACGACUUCACCCGGAGACCUGUCAAAUAUGAACGUUUCAUUCGUCCUAUGGGUCUGCGUUACAAGAAGGCCAAUGUCACACACCCUGAAAUGGCCGUCACCGUACAGCUACCCAUUCUCUCCGUCAAGAAGAACCCUCAGAACCCUCUUUACACGCAACUCGGUGUCCUUACCAAGGGAACGAUUAUCGAGGUCAACGUGUCCGAACUCGGUAUCGUCACAGCAGGAGGAAAGGUCGCCUGGGGUAAAUAUGCCCAGGUUACCAACACUCCCGAGAACGACGGCUGCGUCAAUGCUGUCCUUCUCGUUUAA